CGCUCACCAACACUUGUUGACCUGAGGAACGAUGGUGCUGAAACAGUGUCAGCCGCGGCUCAAAGUUUUCCUCCUGAACCGGUCCGAACGAUUCUAUGACUCAGCCCACAAUAAAGACUCUUUCACUCUGUGUGCGAGGGCCUCGAACCUCCCCGCGGACAGUUUGACUUUGACCGACGUAACCGGGCGAACUCAUCGCUCGGGAGGAGGAGCUCGACCGAUGCGUUCGAGUGCGCCGAGGCGGAUUCACGUCAGAGAGCUGAGCACCUCCACCAACCACCUUCAGUACGACCUGAAACCGGAGAUCCCCAAGGCGCAAGGCCGCCAGCUUUAUUUUGACACCCAUGCUGUGGUGCGACUGCUCGAGGACAAUGGCUUCACGACGCAGCAGGCCGAGGUUCUGGUUCAGGUGCUCAUGAAGAUGACUCACUCCAACAUGGAUACCAUCUACCGCGACAUGGUCAACAAGGCUGAGCAGGAGAUCAUGUUGCAGCGAGUGAUGUCCCAAAUAGCUGCGCUGAAGAAGGACAUGAUCAUCUUGGAGAAAAGCGAGUUUUCAACACUGCUGGCUGAAAACGAAAAACUGAAGAUCCAGCUGCUGCAGCUCAAAGUCCAACUGGCUGAUGUCAUGAACAAACUGCGCGCGGACAGCAUUUUAGACAUGAAUUUGGAGAAGAGCCGCGUGAAUGAACUGAAAACGGAGCAUGAGAAGAGGCUGCUGGAAAUGCGCACUGAAAUCAUGGAAAUGAUCGCGGAGCAGGAUCGCCACUUGACCCAGAGCAACAUGAAAAUCGACACGGAGGUGGCGGGUUUGAAGACCAUGCUGGAGUCUCAUAAACUGGACACCAUAAAAUACCUCGCAGGGUCUGUGUUCACGUGUCUCACUGUGGUCCUGGGUUUCUAUCGAAUUUGGAUGUGAACCUGGAGGCAAGGUAGCAUGACGGGAUCAAACCGGGCCCAGAACAAAUUUCAUGCCUGACCUCAUUAUUGGCACUAUUGAAGUUCUAAGCGGAGAACGUUUUAAUGCGCACACCAAGGGACUGUAUCCGAUUUAGUAGCUGAGCUAGAGUCUAAUUUAUUUCGUGAUCAAUGAGUUUGUAUUAUGAAGUGUAUCUGUCAGCCGGCCAUCGAUGGUGGUCAGCCUCCGACUGACAUUCCUACCAAUAAAGUUUCAUUUUAAUGUAAGAGCGAUUGACAAUCUGCGUAUGAUAUAUUUGAGGUGUUAAAUAUAUAAAUGCAGGAACUUUUUCAUCAUAGAUUUUUAAUGAGACUGUUACACUGUGUUUCACCACAUAUGAUUGUAUAUAAAUAUAUAAAUAAAUA